UACAAUUUAUAAAACUAAGAAACGUUGAAAAAUGCGAUGAAAUCAGCAUUCAGCAGAUAAUCUCAACGAUCGAAACAUUUUCCAAUCUUCUUGAGAUUGGCUGACAUGAUUUGGCGAAAUGAUAAGAAAAUUCAAAUUUCAAAAAAUCAAAAUAUUUUCGUUUCGAUAUCUUCGAGAAAUUGAUAUUAAAAUUGAAUAAAACGAAAUAUAAUUCCGGUAUAAUUGAAAUGUAAUCAUACUAAACAGCAAAAUGAGUUCAUUUCCAGACUCGGAUUCGCCUUCAGAUCCUCCUGCACCAUUAUUCAUCAUGAAAGCUGAUAUGACUUCAGUCCACUGUGUGCUCUUCGCAGACUUCGCCGGUGAAGAACAUUUAUAUGCGGGAACUAUCGAUGGCAUCGUGCACAUAUGGAAUUUAAAGACGAGACGUAGGAUGAAAACACUUCAGCAAAGUGAUAGUCCUUGUUUAUCUCUGCACGUAUUCGAUGAUCAUCUAAUAACUCAGGAUAAAGCCGGUCUGCUCAAGAUCUGGAAGUGUACUGAAGGAGAUUUCAAAUGUAUAUAUUCCAAGAAUUUCGAUAACUUUUCAUUUUGUAGAAUAAGUUUCUUGAAACGAGAAGUUUCGUAUUUAGCAAUACCUCAGUCAGAAUCAAAAAUCGAUGUUUACAGUCUGAAAGAAAACACUCCUAUCUUCCAUGGUGCUUUCCAAUGCUCUGAACUGAACGGUAAAAAACUGGGCGAUGUCAUAGUGCUGAAAAUCAUCGUGAUAAAUUCUACAGAAUAUAUCGCAGCUAUGUACGAAGGUGGCAUGUUUUUAUUAUGGAAUGUUUCGAGUAAAAAAAAUGUCAUUGAGGAUCAGUUAACCAAUGAUACACCAAUGUGUUUCGAUUUUGAUUCGGAUAACUUGCAAGGAGUAUGUGGUGCUAGUGGCGAUACCAUAAAUGUAUUUAAAAUGAACACCGAAGGUAGUAUAAUCAAACGAAAAUCUAUUAAAAUUAAAAAUUCGGGUACAGGAAGUUUAUGUAUUCGACCAGAUAGAAAAAUACUAGCAGCUGGUUGCUGGGAUGGAAGAAUACGGAUUUUUUCAUGGAAAAAUUUGAAGCUUUUGGUUGUUUUAGAGUGUCACGAAGAGACUGUUUUGGAUGUUGCUUUUUCUCGUGAUUUUACUCAAAACUCUCAAUGUAAAUAUUUAUUAGCCGGAGGUUCUAGUGAUAAAAAAAUUUCUCUGUGGAAUAUUUACAAUUAAUUUUAAUUUUUUAUUGUUUUUGUUAUUUUUUUACUGUUUUGCGUUUAUAUUUCAUUUUCCUUAUUAUAAAUUUCGUGAAAGUAAAAAUCAUUUUAAUUAAAAUAAAAACAAGCUUAAUUGCGAUUUAUUUCGAACAACUUACAACUACGGUCUAACAACAACAAAACAUAUUGAAACGAAAACCAAGCUUGCUGACUUCCAUAAAAAUAACUCCUUACCGAAUAAAAAAAUGAAAAUAAGUAACACCAAUUUAAAGUCAAAAAUUAUAGUUCAGUAUGCUCCUCAUCCUGUGAUUCUACAACAUUCCUGUCAUUUCCACCAGCAACAAUUUCAUUAUUAUCAAAAUCAACUUCAAGACCGUCUCUAUACAAUUAUGAAAAAAAAUAAAAAUGAAAAAAAUAUACAUAAAUUCAGUUAAACGUCUUAAAUUAAAGAUCAGCGUCGUCAUCAUCUUCGUUAUCUGAGUGGGUGAGAUCUGAAAAAAAAAAAUGAAAUUAUUUGUUGUUUCAAUCAAACAGACGUUUUCAGUUCUGUUUCAAUCAAACAGACC